AAGGCAUAGGAAUCACUGGAGAAGAAAGAUUUAGCCAUUAAAGGUAAGUGAAUCUGAAUUUUUUUCAAGUUUUCAAGAAUUUUUCCAAGUUUUUUUCAAAUUUUUAAAUUUUUUUUUCAAGUUUUUUAAAGUUUUUUUAAUUUUUUUUAAAGAAGUCUUGUAUAUUUUUUUACACUUUGUAUGCAUAGUAUGGGGUUAUAAUAGCGAAAUUUUAAUAAUUUUUUUCAAUAAUGUUGUGCGUUCUCUUUUCAUUUUAGGUGCACUAUUCAUAUAAUCAUACAUAAUGGCUGGAACUGGAAGUGCAAGUGCAAGUGCAAGCUCUAGUUCAGUUGCAAAUGUCCGAACUGAAAAUGCCCCCUUUAAAAUUGAUCAAGAUUCACCACUUUGGCAUUAUACAACAAUGAUCAAGCCAGUGUCUGGUGGUGGGGGUUUUGUUUGGCAAUGCAACCAUUGUGGCACUGAGUAUACCAGCUCAUACUUUCGAGUGAAAGGCCACCUUUGUUUCAUCCCUGGGCGUGGAAUAAAAUUUUGUAAGGGAUCAGAUGGCAAGGGGCUGUCAAAAGCUCUAGUUUUGGGAUAUAUUAAAGAACAAGAGGAAGCUGAUAGGAGAAGUAGCAAAGCAAAGACUGAUCAUCCUCUUGUCCAUCCAAGCUCAAUGUCUAAGAGGCCUUCUAGUAGCAUUGGCUCCACAAGACCAGCUGGUUCACAUCCUUUCAUGCAAAACCCACCAGUUGAUGCAGUAGAGAAUCAGAAUGUUGUGGCUUCACGGAAAAGAGGCCCAUUGGAUUUUGCCUUCAAAAAUGAACUGAGAGAGAUUGCAGAUUCCAAAAUUGGACGUUGCCUUUAUGGCAAUGGGCUUCCUUUCAACCUUGUUAGAUCACCUUACUUUCGGGACAUGGUGCAUACUCUUUGCAAUACACCUUCUGAUUAUGUUUGUCCAGGGUAUGAAAAGGUGAGAACCACCUUAUUGGCAAAGGAGAAAGCAUCCGUAGAGUCACAGUUGAAGGUCAUCAAAGAUACAUGGCAGGAAACAGGUGUGACCAUUGUUUCUGAUGGAUGGAAAGAUAUUAAAAAUAGGCCAUUGAUCAAUGUUAUAGCAGUGUGUCCUAAAGGGGCAAUGUUUUUGAAAGCAGUGGAUUGUGAGGGGCAAGUGAAAGAUGCAAGUUUCAUUGCCAAUAUCUUGAUAGAAUGCAUUGACAUGGUGGGGCCUCAAAAUGUUGUCCAAGUUGUAACUGACAAUGCUAAAAAUUGUAGGGCAGCAGGGACUAUAGUGGAGGCUACAUAUGGUCACAUCUUUUGGACACCAUGCGCAGUACACUCACUCAAUUUAAUCAUGCAAAAGCUUGGCACACAAAUUGAUUGGGUGAAAAAACUAUAUGUGGAGGGCGAGGAGAUUCAAAUGUUUGUGACUAAUCAUCAUAUGUCACAAGCCAUUUUCAGGACCUUCUCCAAGUUGGAGUUGUUGAAGGUUGCUGAAACACGAUUUGCAUCUCACACGCUCGUCUUAAGACGACUUCUGAAGGUGCGAGACGCCUUGAGUUCUAUGGUCAUCAACAGCUUGUGGAGUGUAUGGAAGCAGUCCCACACAAAAAGAGCUCUAAAAGCGGCUUCUGCAUUAAUAAGUCCAAAUGGCAUUCUUUUGGAAGCAAAUGUCCUGCAUUUAGUUGUGAAAGCCGUUUUCAAUCUGUCUUCUGGCUCAACCAUUACUUGA